GCCAUUUGUAAAAUUUGUCAAUACGUGGUACUUGUAGGAUCAACGGGUUUUAAGGGGGUUUAAGCUGUAAAGACGACUCUAACGGUAAACAUUGGAAGCUCAUCUUUUUGUAAGCAUAAGGUUACCCCUGUAGAGCACUGUCUUUAGGGUUAUGGGAUCAUCAAAUAUCAGAGAUUUGUUGACAUCAUUUAGUCCUUCUUUAGACUUCUUUGCCAUAAGCUCUGGAGAUGGUCGAAUUAAGAUCUGGGAAACUUUGAAGGGCCAGAUACAGACUGAAUUCUCAGACAUCACCUCAACUGAUGAGAUAAAUAUAUUAACCAGACAUGAAAGAGGGCACCUAUCAGUUGAUUAUACAUGCAUGAAGUGGUUAUCGUUGGACAGAAGGAGAAAAAGGAAACUUGGUUACUCAUUGUUAGUCUUAGGAACAGGUAGUGGUGAUAUUUUAGCACUGGAUGUCUCUGCUGGUCAAUUGAAAUGGAGAAUUAGCGACUGCCACCCUGGGGGUGUUAAUGCCAUUUCAUCUCCUACGAAUGGUUCCUGUAUUUAUACUGCAGGUGCUGAUGGCAUGUUAUGUGAAAUUGAUUCUCUAUCGGGAAACCUGUUGCAGAAGUUCAGAGCUUCUACAAAGGCAAUUUCCCGUAUAUCUGUUUCGUCAGAUGGGAAAAUAUUAGCAACUGCAUCUGCACAGUUGAAGAUUUUCAAUAGUUCUGAUCACAAAAAGAUGCAGAAGUUUUCUGGGCAUCCUGGAGCUGUUCGCUGUAUGAUUUUUUCUGAAGAUGGGAAGUACAUCCUCUCCUCUGCUGUUGGUGAAAGAUAUAUAGCAGUAUGGAGGAUUAGUGGUGGCAAAAAGCAGUCAGCAAGCUGUGUUCUUGCAAUGGAGCACCCUGCUGCAGUACUUGACAGCAGGUGCAUUGAUAAUGGGGAAGCCAGUGAUGCAGGUCUAUAUGUUUUGGCUAUUUCAGAAGUUGGGGUUUGUUAUCUUUGGUUUGGUCAGAACAUUGAGGAGCUACGCAGUAACAAGCCCACAAAAGUCUCAUUAUCUUUUGAGGACAUUCCAUCUAUAAAUCAUAAGGGUGCAUUACCUACAAUAUUUGCUGCAAAAUUGCAAGCCAUUACCAAACCUACGUCUGGGCAGGUCUUUGUUGCUUAUGGGUUGCCAGUAAAGCCAUCCUUUCAGAAGAUUUUAGUGCAUUCUGGCUCAGAUAUAAGGUUGAAUAUCUCCAAUGAUGGGGUUCUUCUACCAAUUAGUCAAUCUCGCAUCAAAUCUAAGAAAGGAUUAGAUUUUCAAAAUGGAGUUACUGCAUUAGACCGUGCAAAUGCGGAGGAUGCCUUACUUCCUAUUCCAAAGAUUUAUUCUCAUGAAAAAAAGAAAACAUAUACAAAUAUGAUUGUUGAGCCUGAUGAGGUAAAGGCUCAUUCAAGUGGCAGUAACAGUCGAGCCAAGCUUGUAGAUAGGGAAGAUGACAUGGAUGAAGUAGAAGUGGACACUGAAGCAUUUUGCAUGGAGGACAAGCUGAGAUCAUUAGGGAUACUUAGCAAUGGAGAUGACCUAACAUUAGACUGUACAGUUGAUUUUGCAACAUUCAAUGGUGUUAAUCUUGAAGCUGAAAUGCCACCGAAGAAGAUAAGGGCAUCUGUUCUAUCUAUGGACCCUAGUGAUGCAUACAAGUUACUGCGAGUGUUGGUGGCCAAGUGGCAAUCCAGGACAUGGAGUGGAAAGUAUGCCCUUCCAUGGAUAUAUCAUAUACUUUUGAACCACAGUCAUCAUGUAUUGUCUCAGGAACUGACAAGCCAGAUGCUCAACUCCUUGUACAAGAUUACUAAACCCAGAGGUGCUGCCAUUCAACCUUUAUUACAAUUAUCGGGUCGUUUGCAACUUGUGAUGGCACAGAUUGACAGGGCUUCGCAGAACAAAACUCGGAUUUCGGCAUAUGAUAGCCAAAUAAAUGAAAGUGAAGAUGAGGAUGAAGAAGUUGAUGAAAUUCUUUAUGGAGAAGAAGAUGAUGAAUCUGAAUUAAGCAGUGAUGACAAUAGCUAGGUGCAUUGUACCAUAUGAGGUAACUACUAUAUUAAGAACAAUGAGAUUUUAUUUUUCCUUUGUUCUAGAAGUCUAUAUAAUUAUUAGGAGGUAGACAGAUUGGAAGAGAUAAUUAUGUGAGCAUCCAUCAAUACGGUGAGCUUUGGUUGACAUUUUCAAGGCUUGGUAAGGUACUUGGAGUUUGAUCUUAAGGUUUUAGUCAUAUGCUUGGAGUAAAGGUCAUAAUCCUCAUGUAGGCAAGGCUGCUGAAAUCUAUGGAUGAGACAGUAAGGGUUUCCUUUCUACCAGUUUCAUGUUGAUCAAGACAGAGAGGCUUAACACAUGGUGCAGGAUGUACAUCAAUAAAUUGAUGGUACCAGGUUGUUUACCGAUGGUGCCAAAUUUAACCGACUUCAAACCUUUCUGUGGUCAGGCUGUUUCUCGCAGUCUUAUUGACUACAGCUUUGUUUCCUUCUAGUUUUACUCCUUGCUCAUGGGGAGGGAAUUCGGGUUAUGUCCAGACUUGUCCAUCAAGUGUUCUUUUUUCUUUUUUAAUUUUUGCCUGUAAUGUUGAAUGAGGCACAGUUUUGUAAUUGUUUUCAUUUAUAAAAGGCCAAGCAAUUUUGCAAGAAA